UGAAGUCAUCCGGCAGCGCGCACAGCGAGGAGGAGGAGAGAUCCACAGAACACCUUCUAAAACACACACACACAUAUAUUUAUAUAUAUACACACACACAUGCAGGACGAUUCAAGCUGUCGACCUGCGCGCAGCUGUUUUCCUUUAAUGAUCACUCCGCUCUUUUUCCCCCCUCUGCAGCCAAACACCAGGAGCUUCAGAGGCAAAACAAAGAGAAGAAAGAGGAGGUGGAGUGAGUGAGAGAGAAAUAAAUAGAAACGCGCAGCCCAGCGCCUCCAACUAUGGCUCCAACGGUGAUCAUCAGAGAACUCGCCCAGUCCGCCUCCAAGCAGCGGGCUGACGCGCAGCAUGAGCGCCGCGCUGCGCUCCUCCGGGUGUGAGAGAAGCAUCGGCGGACCAGAGACGGACAGCCGCCCCGCUCCCGGCCUGGAGGCUGGAAGCCACUCGAGCCUCCGCGCGUUACAGCGCGCCUCCUUUCCAGAACUCUCUGAUUUUUUUUGGAUUUUUUUAUUUUAUUAUAUAUGUAUUUUUUCACUCCUCAAACCUUCAGGAGUCAGAGCCCACCUGAACACCCGGGAAACUUUGCUUCCCUUCUCCCAUCCAGAUCGGCUGCCAGGGUGGAGUGGAACGCAGUGAGCAUCGCGCGCUCAGCGGGGCUUGAAGAGCCAAACUCGGUGUGAUCUUAUCCAAAGAACCCGGAAAGUCUUUAAAAGUCCCGGCGGCCACCGCUGCGAAGAUGCCGGUCCGGAGGGGCCAUGUGGCCCCGCAGAACACCUUCCUGGAUACUAUCAUCAGGAAAUUUGACAGUCAAAGUCGGAAGUUCGUCAUCGCCAACGCCAGAGUGGAGAACUGCGCCAUCAUCUUCUGCAAUGACGGCUUCUGCCACCUGUGUGGCUACAGCCGAGCCGAGAUCAUGCAGAAGCCUUGCACGUGUAACUUCCUGUACGGGCCGGACACCAAGAGGCUGGCCAUCGCCCAGAUGGCGCAGGCCCUGCUGGGCUCCGAGGAGAGGAAAGUGGAGAUCAACCUGUACAGGAAAGACGGCCAGUGUUUCCUGUGCAUGGUGGACGUAGUGCCGGUGAAGAACGAGGAUGGUGUGGUGAUCAUGUUCAUCCUGAACUUCGAGGUCGUGACUGAAGACGCACAGAAGGACCACAAACAGGAGCUGAACCACCGCCUGCCCACCUGGCUUGUUACAGGUCGCCCACGAGGCUUCAAGCUGCGUCUCCCCCAGCUACGCUCCCUGUCCAACAGCAAGGCAUCGCUGGACGACGCGGAGGCCGGCCACAUCCCCACAGCCACGCCCCUGCCGCUGCAUCCGGACCACAGUCCCGAGUCUCUUGGUCUGGGCGAGUUCCUGCCCCUGCCUCUCUUACCCCCACACCACCAGGAGCAGCUCAGUGGAAGCAGGUCGGCUCUACAGAAGUGGCCGGAGGAUCACCAGGAGGACCAACGCACCCUCCUGUGUUCGGAAGCCCCCAUCCCCCUCCCCAGGCUGCCUCCCCAAGUAGCCCACCUGAUCGGGCCCCUCAACCAGUCGACCCCCUGCGUCGUGGCCCGCCACCGCCUCAGCCUUAACCCGGACGCCUCGUGCUCCAAUUGCUCCCUGACGCACAGCCGCUCGCGGGAAAGCUUCCACAGCAUGCGGCGCGCCUCCUCCGUGGACGAGAUUGAGGCCCUGAGGUCAGAGUGGGACCGGAAGAACCGGAGGGCCAGCGUCCGGCCGGCCAGCAGCAGCACUGGCGCAGUAAAUAGCAAGUCUAACAUACUGAACUCCACUUCGGACUCGGACCUCAUGCGGUACCGUACGAUAUCCAAAAUCCCCCAAAUCACCCUCAACUUUGUGGAUUUCAAACCGGACCCCCUCAUCGCCCUGCCCUCUGGAGAGAUGGACAUCAUAGCCCCCUGCAAGCUCAUUGACAGGACUCACAACGUCACAGAGAAGGUCACACAGGUGUUGUCUCUGGGUGCAGAUGUGUUGCCAGAGUACAAGCUUCAAGCUCCUCGCAUCCACAAGUGGACCGUGUUGCACUACAGUCCCUUCAAGGCUGUGUGGGACUGGCUCAUCCUGCUGCUGGUCAUCUACACCGCCAUCCUGACCCCCUACUCAGCCGCCUUCCUCCUCAACGACCACGAAGAGGUAGCCAAGCAGAACUGUGGUUACUCCUGCUCUCCUCUCAAUGUGGUGGACCUCAUAGUUGACAUCAUGUUCAUCAUUGACAUCCUGAUCAACUUCAGGACAACAUAUGUGAACACUAAUGAUGAAGUGGUGAGCCACCCGGUACGUAUCGCCGUUCACUACUUCAAAGGCUGGUUCCUCAUCGACAUGGUUGCUGCUAUACCCUUUGACCUGCUCAUCUACCGCAAUGGAGAGGAGACCACCACCCUGAUUGGCCUGCUGAAAACCGCUCGUCUCCUGCGAUUGGUUCGCGUAGCCAGGAAGUUGGACCGCUACUCAGAGUACGGAGCAGCUGUCCUCUUCCUCCUCAUGUGCACCUUCGCCCUCAUCGCUCACUGGCUGGCCUGCAUCUGGUAUGCAAUUGGUAGUGUGGAGCGGAACGGUUCUAUAGGUUGGCUCCACACCCUGGGGGACCAGUUGGGAAAACACUUCAAUGAAUCCGUCCCAGGUUCAGGACCCUCUAUCAAAGACAAGUAUGUCACAGCUCUUUACUUCACAUUCAGCAGUCUGACCAGUGUGGGUUUUGGAAAUGUGUCACCCAACACCAACUCUGAGAAGAUCUUCUCCAUCUGUGUUAUGCUCAUCGGAUCCCUGAUGUACGCCAGCAUCUUUGGGAACGUGUCAGCCAUCAUCCAGCGGCUCUACUCAGGGACGGCCCGCUACCACACACAGAUGCUGAGAGUCAGGGAGUUCAUCCGCUUCCACCAGAUCCCCAACCCUCUCCGGCAGAGGCUGGAGGAGUACUUUCAGCACGCCUGGUCCUACACCAACGGCAUCGACAUGAACGCCGUCCUCAAAGGGUUCCCAGAGUGUCUUCAGGCAGACAUCUGCCUCCACCUGAACCGAACGCUGCUGCAGAACUGCAAGGCCUUUAAAGGCUCCACUAAGGGCUGCCUCCGGGCGCUGGCCAUGAAGUUUAAGACCACCCACGCCCCGCCCGGCGACACGCUGGUCCACGCCGGGGACGUCCUCACUGCCAUCUACUUCAUAUCCAGGGGGUCCAUAGAGAUACUGAGAGGAGACGUGGUGGUAGCCAUCUUGGGGAAGAACGACAUAUUCGGUGAGCCCAUCAACCUGUACCCCCGCCCGGGAAAAUCCAACGCUGAUGUGAGAGCUCUGACGUACUGCGACCUCCAUAAGAUCCUGAGGGAAGACGUUCUGGAGGUGCUGGACAUGUAUCCUGAGUUCGCCGAGCAUUUCUGGAACAACCUGGAAAUCACCUUCAACCUCAGAGAUACCAACAUGAUCCCGGGCUCUCCCAGCAGCGACGACUCCACCGGCGGGGGGUUCAACAAACUGCGGCGACGGAAGCUGUCGUUUCGAAGACGCACGGAAAAAGACGACGCUGACGCCGGGGAAUAUAAAAAAUCCCACAAAUCAUCACGGCGAAGACAGAGGGAGGCGGCCAGCGGCCAGAGGGAGAAGGAGGAGGCAGCCAAGAGGCAGUGGGACGGGCAUCGCAGCUCCGUGUCUUCUCACUCCAGCGGCGACGAGGGGGAGGAGCCUGUUUUGACCAGCCUCGCACCCCCGCCCGCGCUGCUGGAGCCCCCGAAGGCUCAGGCCCCGCCCCGGAGCUUCAGUGAGACCACAGAGCCAGAGGGGGACCCUAAGACUGGAAACACCUGCAACGCCCUUUCAGGUGCUUUCUCAGGCGUGUCCAACAUCUUCAGCUUUUGGGGAGAGAGUCGAGGAGGCGGUCAGUACCAGGAGGUGCCCAGCUGCAGCCUGGCCUCCCCACCGCCUCUCAACACGCCGCUGCACAGCCUGAGCCGCCAGCAGCGCAACCAGCUGGACGCACGUCUGGACCUGCUGCAGAAACAGCUCAACAGGUUGGAGAGCCGCAUGUCAGCGGACAUUGGUGUGAUCAUGCAGCUCCUGCAGAGGCAGAUGGCCCUGGUUCCUCCUGCCUACAGUGCUGUUUCAUCGCCUCCUCAGCCCUCUCCGUAUCCCGGUUCUGGACCAGAAGACAGAGCAGCUCCUGAUACAAUGGCUUCUCUGUCACAGAUCUUGGACUCGCAGAACUUUGAAGACUUUUCAGCCAAGCCUCUUGACUCUAUGGAGCCCCACAACUCCUCUCUGAUCCCCGCCAACCAGGAUCAGCCUGAAUCCUCCGCCCUGGGCAGCCCGGGGAAGCAUGUGGAGCUGGAGCUCCGGCUUGGCAGCGGGGCUGGAGCCAUGGCUGCAGGGACUGCUGCAGAUGCGGAGACAAAUAUAGCAGGAGGAUUGGAUUUUGUGUCAGUGGAACCGAAGCCGGCUGCAGGGACGGAGGCGUCGCCUAUGGACACUGAGACCCAAAGAAGACUUUCACUUCAAGAACCACAGACACCUCUAUAUUCACGGAUACCACAAAGACAUGGCUCUGACCCAGCGGGAAGCUAAGAGAAUGGGGAGGAAAAGGGAAGAAGAGAUAACCAUUGUUCCAUACUGAGGCACCAGCUGGAUCUACCACCUAAACCCUUUCAGGCGCUCACUACUCACCUUUUUGGACAGAGUAAAGCCAUGAUAGGGGCCAAGUAUUGAACCUUUCCCUCUGACACUGGCUUUGUCUUUGAGUCUCUUCUCAAGAAAUAUCCUGAGCUUUCUGAGCUUCAGAGCGGUACAACCUUUAACCAAAACCACAAGACGAACAGAGGCGACCUCCGUCUCUAACCCAAUCAGUCCGGUCUGGAAACCCUCAGUCAGUCACUAAGGAUAACGCUUCUUCUCAGUCAUUCUGAAAAGAUAACUAAGUUAUAGAAGAAUCCCUUUACUGCUGUGUCCAGUGUUGGAUGACUGAAGAGAACAAGACAACAUCGGACAAAAGAAUGACAAACAAAAAAGUAGCCAUUUUACGUCUUGCACUGAAAACCUUGAUACGAUAAUUAUUCUUUCUAUAUAUGUCCAAGGCGCUUCCGAUAAACUCACUAACUGGUUGUUGAAUUGUAGUGUUAGCUGGCCUAACAGGAAUCCUGCUGUCCUAUUCUGUCAUUGGUUCCAUCCCCUUGAUGUCCCGCCCUCUGCCCCCCAAGAGGUGGAGCUAAUGUUCUAAUUUAUAUGAUCGAGAGCACACUGGAUUGGCUGGUCCACACCUCAGGGGGUGGGAAAUGGAGGGUUACAAGCCAUGAAUUCUCUUGAAGAACAUAUCAGCUGCCCUAUCGUAAACAUUGUACCCAUUUGCUAGAGCUGAACACGCGUGGCAUGCUGGGGUUGUGUCAGUAACAGGUAAACUGGCAAACUUAUGUGGUUUCCAUAAGAGCAGUAUACCAAAACAGCUCCCUAAAGACUUCAUCAAGCAACUCCAUAAACUUCUAUAUGAGCUGUGGCCUUAUCAAGGGUCACCUGAUCAUCACCGUACGAGAAGUGACGAAGUCAGCAUCGAUUUCUGAUGCCUGGUUAAAAGCUCAUGCGUAGAGGAAUUCUAGUUUAUCAUUGUUGAAUUUGCUACCUCAGAUUUUAUUGCUCUUUACUUUUUUGUUUUCACCUCAAGCACGCGAACCCUGAAUAUUUCUACCUUGUACAUAAGUAAGUAUACGAGUUUGCCAGUUUACAACGACCAGCCGAAUGCGCCAUUAUUCAAUGUACAGUACAAUAUGCAAACACUGGCUAGAAGAAGACGAUUGCGUGUGCUCUACUGCUGUGUGUGGGCUCGGGUCUGGUCGCAGGCUUUCGGUGUGCGUUUGUUUUUGUCUCAUGCAGAGUUUGGCGUGUUUGCUUAAACACAUGGUAGAGGCUCACUGGAUUCUCUCGUUGGGUAUUUUUUCCCCCCCAGACAAAGACAGAUGAAUGAUGCCUUGUUGAAAAAAAGCAAAUAGAAGGUUUGCUAUGUGAAACACAAACCCCUUACAAUGUUGCUUUGCAGAACACAUGUCUCAGUUACAGUGGUUUGCCUGCUUUGGCACCAUUUUACAUGACUGGGUUGAGAGGUGUGGUCAACAUCUGCCUGCUGCUUUUUCCCUCAUUUUGCAUCUCUAGAUACCACUUUAUUAUGGAGCCUAAUGUUCUUGGGCAUGCACCCUGUUUUUACAUACAAAGGGAGAGUUUUCACUUUAUGCUUUAAAGAAUCUGUAAUUUGUGUAGACUAUUCUAUUCACUGCUUAUGGGGAACUGAUUGUACAGGUAACACAGUCAAAAAUGAACAGCAGUAACUUUUCUUAAUGCUGAUCAUUUAAAAGAUAGUUUAAAGAUAAACUUUUAAACUAAAAGUUUAUUUUUUAGUUUUAGAAACUAUAAGUAUUUUGCAUAGAAGCAAAAAUAUUUAGCUCAAAGCCAAAUAUUCAGCUUAAAACUAAAUAUUUAACUCCAAACUAUUUAAUUUCAAGCUAGCAAGCUAAAUAUUCAGCUUCAGACUAAAUUCUUUGUUAGUGAGCUAAAUAUUUAAUGUGUAGCUAAAUACACAGCUCAGCGCUAAUAUGCCAAUUCACUUGCCAAUAUAGUGUGCUAAUUAAAUACUUAGGUUGAAAUGGUGACGUUUAUAAAUGAAUGAAUAACAUUAUGAAAAUAUGUCUUAUAUAAUAUGAAACCCCCAUUUUUUUCCCUCUCGUGACAGGCUAAAGAACCAAAAUAAUUGCUGUUCAUUUUUGACUGUGUAACUCUACAAAUUCUACCUUUUGCCUGCUUGCUACAUCCAUACACUGCAGUUUCAGGUCUUCUCUUCUAAAGUCUUUCAAAAUCCAGAGAAACCUUUAAAAUACUCCCCUUUAAUGUUUUCACCAAUACAGCAGCUGUUUCAUAAAACUCACAGUUUUAAAGAAUCUCUGUUCAUAGAGGUGAUCAAACCAAUUUAAAAACUGGGCAGUUAAGCACCAUUAGCUAUUACUAUUAGAAGUUGAUGCAAGACUUAGCGCAUGCUAAUGGCUAAUGUUUAACCAGUUAUGUUCUCAUAGUUCUAAGAAAUCACUUGUAUGUAGUUUUAUCACUUUUUUGCCAUUUUUUUUCCUUGACUUUGUAUCCAGAAUGUUCUAACAUAUACUCUAAAUGUGGAGGGAAUUGAUCUGUUUAAUGAAGCAAGCGUUGUCAGCGAGCCUAACAAGAAUUCUGUGUUAACACAGUAGAGCAACAUGAGGACUACUUCCUUUUUUCUUCAAAAUAAGUCUCAGCAACUAUUGACCUUUUGCAACUUCGUCAACGUAUCACAUUGAGGAGAAUGACGAAAAGCGGAAGUGAGGAUGGGAGUAUUGAACUGUGAUUGUUUUCUCAAGUUGUCAAGUUAAUUUGUCUGUAGAAGUAUCAAACCUAGUUGGGUCUCAUAGAGUGUUAUUUACAAAAGUUGAAUGUCUAGCUUAGAAACCGACCCGUAUCUUCUCCCUCUUGACGUGUUUAUUGAUUUGAUAAAAACGCAGACUUUGCCUGAAUUCACGCCCCAUACCACUAUGUCAUAAACUGCACUUCCCAGCUUGUACAAAAAGUCUAGAUGCUAACAAGGUUUUUGGACAUGGUAGGCUGGACAUGGGGCAUUCUCUUCCUGCUUACUAAUGGUUAGACACAUCCCUUCUUCAAAAUGGAAUAUUAGAUAACAUCUUUCUAAUAUUACCUCAUCUUUAUUAAGUGUAUAAACGUUAAUCUUCUUACCUCGUAAAAAGUGUUCACUACAAAUCCACAGAUAAACCAAGGGCUGCCAGUCCUUAUGAUUGAUGGUUGCUAUCUAUUACUAGUCUCUAUUAUCAGGUUACCAACUGUCUGUUUUUGACAAUCUUUACAGGAAUUAACAAGCUCAUAGGUUGUUUAAAGUCCGUCAUGGUGGAGCGGGUUGCUUUCUGAACAGGGUGACGUCAUGUGCAAAGGGUCAAUAACACUAACCUUCAUACCUGGGUGCCAAAAGAAGCCACCCGAGGACAGUACCUGUAUACAAACUUUAAUAUUGUGAGAUGUUGCUUCACCUCUAAGAACCCCAUCUUGAUAACCUUUAAAAUCUUAAACCAUUUUACAGAUUUAUAAAACAUAGGCAUAAUUUGCAUGAGGUGUUCUGGCAUUUUGAUACUUGGUGUUUAGGAUGGUCCAUUUUAGCUAAUGCUAAAUCCAUUGGCAUUAGCUUGUGAAAUAAGCUAUUUUCUACUUUCUACAUUUCUGCUGCAGGUAUAACCACUCAACAGAACUCCCAAAAGGCUGUAUUGUCCCUUUAAAACAUUCUUUUAAGUCCGUCUUGACUCCCUUUUUGAAUUUGAGACAAAAAGUGUAGAUGCUAACAAGGUUUUUUGUACAUGGUAGGCUACCUGAGACAGAGCAUUUACUCUGUCUUUAAAGGUAUCUCAUCUACCCAAAGUGGUCAACACAACAAAGCAUAUGUUCAGUAAGUAUGAUGAAGAUGACGUGUAGAAAAUAUUUAAAUGUUAGCAGCAUCAGGCAUAUCAUUAUGACCCUUCGCUGGUUUAGUAAGAAUGAAAAACUAUCACUGGAGCAUCAGACGUUGAUGAUGACUUAUUUUGGAUUAAGUUUAGGUGUUUAUCCAGACACCUCAACCUUGUGUUGGGGAUUACGUAAAAUAUUCCAACUAAAACGCAAGCUAUUGAGUUCUUAGGAUGAAGGAAAAAUAAACACCUAUCUCAUCACAGAAUUGUCUUCCCUGAUCUAAAAUCCCACAGAUUAAGCUUUGUGUUGCUGUAAUAUGCUGAAGAGUGAAUGAAAAGUGUUGGCGAAGUGCAAUAGUCCUUUAAACAGUCCUGACCUGUAGCAGCUUGAGUACGUCUGGAAGAGGAAAAAGAAGAAAAAAAGUUCUGCACUUUAUGUUAUUGUGCACAGCGCACAUGUUUUAAUGAAGACUCAGGAAUGUGUCAGUCAUGUCAUGGGUGCACGUUUUCCUUUGAACAACAACUCAAAAUCAACCAAACAAGAUACUUUAACAGAACUCAUUGUUGGCAGAACUCCCCUUUAACGAAGUAUUGAGAAGUUGUUACUCUGCUGUUUGUCUAAGUUAUUUAAUUUAUUUGUUGUGGUAGAUAUAUUUGGUUUGCAUGUGAAUUAUGGCUGAAAUCAUUUUGUCUCGCUGUAUGAAGAGCUGGAAGACCUGAAUGUUCUUCGUGGAACCCGUUAGGCGCUCUACGUUCUCGUUACUCUAUUCAUGUUCCUGAAAUGUGUACAUACGCACCAUAUUUCUCUAUAUAUAAUCAAUACUGAUGAACAGAGAUGAUUGAUGUGCAUAUUAUUUAAUGUCAAUAUUACUGAAUCACUUUGUGAACAUCUGUGAGAACCAUUUCCCUAAAGGUCGUCGUCCAUGUCCACUUGUGCGCAGCUCGUGUUAUGCUUUGUAACAGUGCACUUUAGUAUUGAACCAAAGCAAGGGAAUGCUGUAAAAAACCAUCACUGCUGACAUUUUAAGCCCACACGUGACUCAGCUGAAGGAGUAAACAAAAAGGAAUGGGACAAUUUGAAUGCAGAGGUCGCAAUAACUAUACCAGACAUGACGAGAAAGACGUGUGAGAAUCUGAUGGCUCCAGUGUGGAAACUGACUCCAGGUUCUAGUAUGUAAAUCUGAAUGAACACCUCAUGGAAGCCCAAAGCUGUCCAAAUCUGACUUGUUCUUACUACUGAAGCUAGCUGCUUGAUGCUAACUGGUUUACUUUGCUAACACACUCCUCACCACCACCUCAUGUACAUUAGCGCUUGCUGUGUUUGUUAUUUCAAUGGCGUCAUGGUAAAUAAAAACCAUGCAUUGUUAUGCUCAAAAGGUUUUUGAUGCAUCAGGACAUAAUAAAAAUCAUCUGGAUUUUUAUCACAUUCAAAAAUGAUUUAAAUCUAACCUUAGAUGUAAUUCUACACUGGUAUAAAAAAGAAAAUUAGUUGUAAAAAACAAAAACAAAAUCCACCCCAGAUCUUGUAGUGGAGUUUUUGGUUCUUGUGUUGUUUACUGUCAUCUGCCCAAAGAAUUAUUUUUUUUUUUCAAAAGAUUUGUGGUUUAUUCAGUUUAUCUUUGCAAACCAACAUUUUCCUUCUCAGUUGAGCUGCUUUCUGCUGAUUCAGUCAAACCUGUUCAGUCAUUUUUCGUUUUGCUAUGAAGUUCAACCAGCAGGGGGCACAUGUCAGCUAAUCUGCUAGUACAGGAGCAAAUUUUUUCAUUUAAAGCUUUUGCUAACUUUGAAAACAUUAGCAUACAAGCCUAGGCUUACUUAGUAAAUACUGAACUGUUCAACAUUUAUUAAGUAAGCCAAUGCCUGUGGAGUCUGAGUUAAAGCUCUGGGAUGAUUUUUAUGUAGAUUCAUAAAAAGAAAUUGCGCAGUCUGACUUUGAGCUGAAUCUUUGCCUAUUGUUGGACUGUCAUUGUCUCAAAUAUUUAUUCACUUAGGAACAAUUGUAGUAAAACGUAAUAGCAACUAAUACAUUCAAAGAAGACUUUUAAUCAAACUGCUUCACGGAGGAAAUGGAAAACCUGUCAACAUGACGAGAACACAAUAAAAUCAAUAAAGCAGAUUAU